AUGCGUUUCCUACUCGCAGGCGUAUCUGUGCUCCUGCUUGUGGUGUCCAAGGGAGCUAGCAAAGCCAUCCCGGACGCCACCAACGCCCACGAAUUGGUUGAGCGCAACCAAAUCUAUCACACCAAGAAUGGGAAUAACUUUGCCGUGGAGAGUGGUUUCGAUUAUCAUGGCGGAGACUACAAGACAAUCACAGCCAAUACUUUUUACGAUUGCAUCGAUGCCUGCGCGACUCAGCCUGCUUGCCGUGCUAUCUCAUUUUCUGGUAAAUCAUGCUACCUCAAGUCCUCGGUAAACGCCGCCACUGCCAACAAGAAAGUGAGCGGCGCAGUCAGGGUACAAUAUUUACCAGCCCCGAUUAUAUGUCCUGCAGAUGGUAGUAAUCAGGUCAAGGCAACCGAUGGCCGGCGCUUUACUAUCCAAUGCGGAGUAGAUCAUCCUCAUGGAGAUAUUUCAUCGGCACUGACCCUUGACUUCCCCAACUGCAUCAACCUAUGUGAUAAGACACAAGGUUGUAUUGCUGCCAGCUGGCGAUCAAGAACCUGUUAUCUCAAGAAAUCCUUGCAACCCGCCGUUGUUGCUUCUGGAGUUGAUACAGCCGUGCUGAGUUCCAUAUUAAACACACCAACGUUGUGCCCAGGCCCAAGCGGCCAGCAAAUCAAAGAACCAAGUGGAAGAAGCUUCACUAUUACGUGCGACACCGAUUAUCCCGGCGGCGACUUGAAGAACAAGCUGCUUAAUAGCUUUGGCGAUUGCAUUGCUUGGUGUGAUGAGACAACGGGUUGCCAAGCAGCUAUCUACCACGAUGGCAGAUGCUGGUUGAAGAAUAAACUAAUGACUUCCUCCAAACACACGGCCAGCCAGGCGGCUGUACUAAGCUCCUUGCUGACGGCUCCCGCUAUUUGCCCUAAUCAGAACGGAAAGCAGGUCAAGGAGUCAAGUGGAAGAUCCUACACCAUCUCCUGCAAUACAGAUCGGCCUGGUGGUGACAUGGCCUCGAAGAUGCUGCGAACAUUUGGUGAUUGCAUCACGUGGUGUGACCAGACUAACGGCUGCGUCGCCGCUGCUUACCACGACGGCAAGUGCUGGCUGAAGAAGACACUCAUGGGUUCUUCUACAUCCGCAAACCGUCAGGUCGCCGUACUAAGCAGCAAACUCCCGCAGACGACAGUACACACUACAUCUUCCUCGACCCGAAAGGUAACAUCAACGACUCUUAGGUCUGCCUCGGCAUCCAAGAGCAUAUCCACGAGUUCUGGAAGUUCCAAGACGACGUCAGCACACAGUACAUCUUCCUCAACCCAAAAGACAACAUCAACGACUCUUAGGUCUGCCUCGGCAUCCAACAGCAUAUCCACGGGUACUGGAGGUUCCAGGACAACGUCAGCCAGCACCACUGCUACCUUUACCUCAGUUCCGGACUCGCCAAUAACUGGCUACAUUACUGUAGUGGAAGCUCCGGCGACCAGUCUCAGCCGGCGCUCUGUUAAAUAUAUUGCCUUUGAGAAUCUAUUUGGUCGAGCUUAUGAUGACGAAACAAAGGCCAGCCUCGUUACCUUUCAUUCCAACGGCAGCAUCGAAUACAAUGCUGUUCUUGUGAGUGGAAUUGCAGCAGAUACACUGGUGGUCCUCGGCCUUUCCUCUGGAGAGGCUAACACUCUUUCGACCUGGAAACGAGAUGAGUUUGGCAAUGCUGUCAUCAUUGGAUCGACCGGCUUCUGUCUUGGUUCGAACGGCAAUAUCAUUGUUCAGACAGCAGCUUCAUCGCCAGCAACCUGCAAUCCAGUUUAUCUUGUCAUCGUGCCAAGUCUUCCUGACAGCUGUACAUCCGGCAGCGCUAAUGUUACGCUCACGCCCCAGCCGAAUGGCGAUGUCGACCGUGCCUCGAACGCUGUCCUUACUCCAUCAUCAAACGUCACACUCAAUUAUGCAGAGAUACAUGGUACACAGAUUGCCGUCAUGGAGCUGUCAAUGAAACCUGGUAUGCCCGGCGUUGUGCUGGCAAACAGUAACAAAAUCAUCUCGACUGCCUGUACUGCUUCAUCUCUUGUCCUUACGUUAAGCGACGGCAUAUCAGCUGCCGAUAUCCUAGCCUCAAUCCCAGACACAGGAACCGUCCUAAUCACCAGCAGCGCAUCUUGCAAUGAGGAGAAUGCCUAUGGAUUUUGGCUACUCGGAGGUCGAGCCGACCCGAGCGAAGCUGGUCCUAAGCUGAGCUUCAAGGCAGCUCAAAAGAGGAUCUCAGACGUCAGUACUGUUGCGGUCAUCCAAUACGGCAAAGUUGACCACAAUAAAGCAACAUUUACAACUACAACAACUGGAGCCCCCACAUCUCCCACUGAACCAGCUGCAUCUUGUGCUAUUACCAGUCAUUCUGGUAUCAGUGCUUCUGCGAGUGUCAGCGCUACAGCCACACACUCUGGGAGCAGUGCCACCCAUACCGCUACUAGCACUGGCUCUGACCACCCCCUUGCUACAAGUCUAUCAGACCUUACACCUGGAGCUCUCGAAGUAUACAACUGGCUUUUGGAAAAUGCUCGAUAUUCCCCAGGUGGUAGCUUGAUCUUGACGCCAGGUGAAGCCAAUGGCACUGUUGCAAUCCCUGCGUACGAUCCUGAUAACCUUGGUGAUCAAGAAGGCCUGCAACAGAAACUUUCGGAUAUGGGACUCCCCAGCCCAGAGGAGAUGUUCAAACGAGUAGUGGAUGGAGUUUCGGGCACCUGCACAAACAAGGAUGCUUUAACAAGACGGCAUCUAUCUGGGGAAUCGGUCUUCCAAAGGGAAUCAACGCCUAUCGCUUACGGAGGCAAGGUUUCCUUCCAUCGUCGUAAUAUUGAAAAACUUAAACACCACCUUCAUCGUCGAUCAUGGGAUGAGUUUUGUGAUGGAACCGCUUCUGAUAUUCUUGGAACUCUCAGCGAGUCGUACGAAGGUAUCCACGCCGGUAUUUGCACAGGCCACGAGCUUUACGAGAACCGCGACGCUAUCCACUGCUUCUUCACCGGCUGUGGUUCCAGCCACACGGUUAAGACGACCACGUACCAGUUCAAAGGCGACUGGCAGGUCAAGAUCCCAACUAUCAGCCAACCGUUGCUAACCCAAGGACCUGCAAAAACGUUCAGCUGCGUCACAUGCUCGUUCAACAUGGACAGCGUUGUCUUCUCGGGUUCUAUAGUCCUACAAAUGACAGAUAAUGGCCCCAGCUCAGCAACAUCAGCCGUCGUAACUCACGGUGUUACCGGUGGCACCACAGCUAGUGUUCGAAUUCAAUCAGAUUCUGCCUGGCAAGGAUCUUGGGACCACAUAUUCGAUGGUGUUACACUUGGCACGAUAACUCUGGAUAAUGCUUUCGCAAUUACACCGCAGGUAUUUUACAGGAUAGGAUACCAGUUCUCAACCGACUCCGCUGUUGACGUGACAGGUGGAGCAGGGUACAGUUGGGACGAUGCAUCUAUCGACAUGAAUAUUCUCAACCACGCAUCUGACUCUAAGAGGAACUGGACGCCCAAGGUCAACUGGAUUCUACCACAAUUCAAUACUGGGGCGAAAGUGAGCAUCAAUAGCUUCAGCCAGUGGAUUGUUGACCUCAAAGUCGUGGUUCAAGGGAAUAUGGUCUUUAACCCGAGGAUGUUCUCUUCGAAUUCCGUGGGCAUGUCCUCGCAAUACAACUUUGCGGCUGCUAAUGGUUGUCCGGCUAAUUCGCUAUCUGUUAGCACAUACGUGAGUAAUGAUAACUGGAUUAACAUCAACGACGGGUCGUCACUACCUGUCGUGUUGUCGAACGGUGAGAAUGGCCGCCAGAAUCAAUGUUUUAACGUUCCUAGCGUUUGGCCAGCUCCCAGCGAAAUUGCUUCUUUGGCACCAGGUUCCGGAGACUUUUGCACAUCAUUAAUUGGCUACAAUCCACCUACAAAGCGCACUACAUUGACCCAGGUCAAGACUGUGCCCAGCACUAUAGUUGUUUCAACAAGUGUUACAAGUACAAUCACUACGACCUUCACAGUCACUAGUUCCACUAGCAGUUCGUACGAUAUGACGCUCACAGCUCCUGCUACCACAUCAACUGUGUAUCAGACAUCAACCGUGACAAUGGGUGGAAGCUACGCUCCAGUAUACAGGCGAGAUGUGGUACCGACACCUGCGCCAAGGGGAGCUUUUGAUCGGCGAGAGAUCGCCGUGCCUACCGGAAUGGAAGGGUGGCCGGUUGAUAAGAUCAGCUACGCUUGUAGCCAGAUUGCAACGGGGACAAAUUAUAUUUCUCAGACCAAUACUGUCACUACAACAUCGGGAGUCACCACCAGUACAGCCACUCAAGUGUUCAACGCAAACGGGCCGCUUGUCACCACAACGACCACUUUCACUUUCUACGAGUUCACGGGCUUUACGACUACAACUACUUCCGCAGCUGCUACAGCUACCUCAUGUCCAGUCUCUCCAACAGGUGCCAGUUGCUUCAGACUUGCGGUACACGGCGGAUCAUGGCUGGAAGGGUCAUACCUUGGUAUCAAUCUUCAAGGCUCUCAUAACUAUGCAGGCAUCAAUCGCGCUGGCACCGAAGCUAGCAGUUGGGAACCGGGUGUGUAUACUGAGACAUUCUAUCUUGAUGCGAACGGACAUCUUGUUGCGCCGGCUGGCGGUGGGCGAAGCCCAUAUGUUAUGCUGGACGUGGAUCAGAACGCUCCCUAUAUACAAAGGGCUCCUUUGAUGGGACUUCCGCAAUAUUUUGCUUCGUAUUGGCAACAUGUCGAUGUUGCCAAAUGUGUCAUCGAUGCCUCGGAUACCUGUCACAAAACACUCACUUGCCAGCUUCGUGAUCAGAUAGGUUUCUUUGUCAAGCAGCCAUUCUAUCAAGCUUGGGAAACCUCGCCAGACUAUCAGUUUGACCUCGAGGAGUGCGAGAGUGGUGAUGGGCCUUGUCCACCUACAAAGCCGUCGGGAUUAUAUUGGUAUGAUGCACUUAGUCUAUAUCGCAUCACUUGGGGUAACCCUACAGGCGACUCCCAGUACAUUCCUGUCACGCUUGGGGUAGAAGACGCCCCUUGUCCUUGCGACUUCUUGGGUGUCAACUAUAUGGGCUAUGAAUAA